CCCACGCACGAAGCUUACAUAACUUUUUCGCCCACACACUUUCCAACAACCAAUUUUGCCCCGCCAUUAAUCCCCCGCUAGAGAGAGCAGCAACAGAGCGUCUGCAUAUCCGUUGUCCACUACACUUGUUCGAUUGAGACAAAUCGCCUUCUUGUUUCAAGAAGAAUAUCAACCGGGCAAGAUGGAUAUAACCACAUUCAUCACCCAAGGCCGGGAGAAGGCUCUCCUUUACGGCGACCACUCCACGUACCACGCGCAGCUCUCCAAGCGACUCUUGGGAUGUCGCAAGAAGCUGGGCAUCGUAACCAAGAAUCGCGGCAAAUUUCAGAAGAAGGACGCAGUAACUGCUGAGAACAUUGCUGAAAAUGCACAAUAUCUCCAUCUUCUUCUACUGACGAGCGAGCGAGCCUGGGCUCAGGCAAUGAGCAUGAAAACCAUCCACUCCAAUGGUCCAAAAGGCAUUGUCGGAAGAACACGAUCGCACAUUAUAUCACGCCUUGACAAGGCCGCUCGUUGCGCGCAACAUCUCGUUGAUAUUCUCUCGGAUACGGCUGCCAGCGGAGCCAACGUCCAAGAUAUCCUCGAAGCAAAAGGAUACACCGCUGUCAUUCGCGGCUCAAAGCUAUUUGAAUGCCAAUCUUGGCAGACCUGUCUGGAGAAUUACUCCAUAGCCCGCGUCAUUUACAGCGCUUUAUCAUCGAAAGGAAAUGCCGAUUUAUACAAGGACCUACUCUCCGAAACCAUCGACCCUUCCAUCCGAUAUGCCGCAUACCAGCUGAAAACUCCACGAACCGUCCCUAUUCCCGCUAUUGCUCGAAAGGCGUUCCCACAGUCCGACUCAACAUUGGUUGCCCAGGUCAAUGAAGUAGAACCCGGAGCCCUGACUGGGCAGCUGGAUGCCGAUGAAGGCCUUCCAUCUGGCGAAGACACACCUCGAACACUGACUUGGCGUUCUCGUGAGGUCAAGAUUGAGGACGCACAGAUUGCUUUGGCAUGGGCUAAAGUGAAGCUGGCAAAGACAGCCCUUGGUGCAAACCUUUCCGAGCAGAGCGAGCGAGCGCCUCAUCAAGUCGCUGCUUCGUACGAUGACAUCCUCACCGCGACCCAAGACGCAGUCGAUGCAACCAAGCAGGCUAUUGAUGAGAUGCGAGGAGAGGGUGUUGCCCAGAGUGAUCCUCGAAUGCAGAGCCUCCAAAUUACAAGAACGGCUGUCAACUACGAAAUGAUUAGCUGGAGGAUUGGACGUAACCGUGUCUUGACUGGUGAACAGGAUGGCGCCGUCGAAAACUACGCCUCCAAAAAGAAAGCCAAGAAGACAGAGGAGACUGCGGAGAGCGAUGAGCACAAGCUCAAGGAUGCAUCUGCUUCCAAGAAGCUUACCAAGUUGAAGGAGAAGGUUGCCCUCUACGAAGGCACCCUGCAGAACAUCCAAUCUAUAAAGGAACUCCCUGGUGUAGCGGCUGAUGAGGGUCUAUCUGCUAAGCUAGCGGCCUUUGAAAGUUACUUCAAGUCUCUCAAGGCCCUAGCCAUUGCACGAUCCCACGCCAUCACUGAUAACGCCAGCAAUGCCCUUGCUUUGAUUCAGUAUGCCUUUGACGAGUGCCAGCAGGCUUCUCAACUUCCCAAGGACAGCGAGCCGGCCGCCAGCACGCCAUUGGACAUUGAAGUCACAAGCGCCUCUGUCAACUUUUUGGGUAGACUAAUCCACGGCGAAUUGCAGAGAUACCGCGCCAUUGUGCACAUUGACAACCUGCGCAGCGAGCAGAAGAGUCACUCCAGCACGGACAAAGUGCCUCUUGCCGAGCGCCUGCACACGUAUCCCAUCGACGGAGCCGACAUGACCAAAAUUGCCCAGUUCCCUCCCAAAAAGUCGUUUAUCCCCAUGAAGCCUCUGUUCCUCGACAUCGCUUGGAACUACAUCAACUAUCCCUCCAAGCAGGAUAAGGGAGCCGCCCAGCCAUCACCGGCAAAAGCAGCUGCCAGCGAAGGAGCUCAGGAGCAGAAGAGAGGCUGGUUUGGCUUUGGCCGAUAAUGGAUUUAUUACAUGUGCUUGGCUAAAUAAAACUAAAUUUCUCUCCAAUUACCAAUUAAUCACUGUCGCUGUCUGUGUUAAAGCGGCCCUGGAAUGCCGUUGGGAUGUACGACAACGUAGGAAUGGAGCCCCUCCGAGUCACGAGUUGGUCGGCGCGCGGAAGAGCAUACGAUUAGGCGCGCGCUGCUAUGUAGACGCUCGACUUUAACAUCAGACCAUUUAUUUGAGCGAUAAGGCUCUUACUUCGCAACUUAGCAUGCCACCGGCUGUAUUCGCCGAUCAACUUGUGGUGGCGCGACCGCUGGUGUCGAAACGCGACGGCUUGUUCAGCUUCUGCCAGACUAUAGCGCAGAAUACAACACCGUUUUUGGCGAUAUCAUCAGCCAUUCUCAUCGUCUCUAUCGCUUUCACAAUUGUCUUUUAUACGCAACUCCCAAGACCUACAUCUUUAGGCACAUUCACAGGCAUCGGAUACAGCCGGUGCUCUGUGCUCGGUGACGGAGACUCUCAACCGAAUCGACACAAAAAUACGCAGCAUCACAACUCUGAUCUUCACUUGCAGCCGUGCAAUCAUCAUAGCUCAGCUCCUUGGCUAGGAGCAAACACACUCAAUACGACUUGGGGCUUCACGACAUAGACAACACAAGAAAUGGUGGAAAUUUGAUGUAAUAGAAGAGGGGAGAUGGUAUUAAACCUCUACCGAAUCAGAACAAAGAAACGUUUUAUACAUUGCAAAACAAAACAGUUAUCCCCCAUAGGGUCCAUGUAAAUCAUUCGUGAACACCCGUAGAACUUUUUUUUCUCUUUCCGUCAGGGAGUUCAAUCUAAUGCUCCAACGCCUGUUCCGCCAACCAUGAUAUAAAGGACAUGGGUGAAUAUGUGGCUGCAUAGCAGUCAAAGUUGAAAUAAGAGUACAGUGAAAAUACAAUGAGAAAAGAUACAUGCGCCGCUCUCCACGCGUUGUCGGUAAUGGGAGCACAUGUACCUUCUCUUCUUUUAGUUGGCUGGGGGUGGCAAAAAAAUUAUUCAAACAAAACGAGCUUCAGUCAAAUUAAGGCUUGGGCUCAUCCUUCUUCUCGCCCUCGGCGUUCUGCUGCUGCUCGCCGGAAGCCUGCUGGGCCUCGCCGCUCUCGUUGCGGGCCUUGUGCAUCUUGUCGAAGAGGUUCAAGCUGGCAACCUGGAGCUCGUCGGUCUUCUCCUUGAUCUCAGCAGCGGUGGCAGAGCCCUCGCCAGACUGGUUCUUGGCGAUGAACUCACGGAGAGAAGCGAUCUUCUCCUUGAUGCUAUCAGCCUCGGUCUUGUCAAGCUUGUCGGCGUACUCGUUGAGGGCCUUGUCGGUAUCGUUCAAGACGCUGUCGGCGCGGUUGGCAGCUUCGAUGGCAGCCUUGCGCUCCUUAUCAGCCUCAGCGUACUUCUCAGAGUCCUCAACCAUCUGCUGGAUCUCGUUAUCAGAGAGACCAGAGCCGGAGGCAAUGGUGAUGGACUGGUCCUUGUUGGUGGACUUGUCCUUGGCGUGAACGUGGACAAUGGAAUCGGCAUCAAUGUCGAAGGUGACCUCGACCUGAGGGACGCCACGGUGGGCAGGGGGGAUACCAACAAGCUGGAAGUUACCGAGGAGCUUGUUGUCGCGGACAAGCUCACGCUCACCCUGGUAGACCUUGAUCUCGACAGCAGUCUGGAAGUCAGCAGCAGUGGAGAAGACCUGAGACUUCUUGGUGGGGAUGGUGGUGUUUCGGUUGAUCAGACGAGUGAAAACACCACCGAGGGUCUCGAUACCAAGAGAGAGAGGGGUGACAUCAAGGAGGAGGAGAUCCUUGACCUCACCAGAGAGAACGGCACCCUGGACAGCAGCACCGAUAGCGACAGCCUCAUCGGGGUUGACAGACUUGGCAGGGUCGCGGCCGAAGAUGCCCUUAACGGACUCGGCAACCUUGGGCAUACGGGUCAUACCACCAACAAGGAUGACCUCCUGGAUGUCCUUGGCCUGGAGGUUGGCGUCCUUGAGGGCCUUGCGGACAGGCUCGAUGGUGCGGGUGAUAAGAGGGUCAACCAUGUUCUCAAGCUGAGCACGGGUAAGCUUCAUGUUGAUGUGCUUGGGGCCGGAAGCAUCGGCAGUAAUGAAGGGAAGGUUGAUGUCAGUCUGGAGAGAGGAGGAAAGCUCAAUCUUGGCCUUCUCAGCAGCCUCACGGAUACGCUGGAUAGCCAUGCGGUCGCCAGAGAGGUCGAGGCCAGAAGUCUUCUUGAAGUCAGCAACCAUGUGGCGGACCAGGUGGAUAUCGAAAUCUUCACCACCAAGGUGGGUGUCACCGUUGGUAGACUUAACCUCGAAAACACCGUUCUGGAUCUCGAGGAUAGAGAUAUCGAAAGUACCACCACCCAAAUCGUAGACAGCGACGACACGGUCAGCCUCCUUCUCGAGACCGUAGGCAAGAGCAGCAGCAGUGGGCUCGUUAACGACACGGAGAACGUUGAGGCCAGCAAUCUGACCAGCGUCCUUGGUGCUCUGACGCUGAGCAUCGUUGAAGUAAGCAGGGACAGUGACGACGGCGUUCUUAACAGGCUUGGAGAGGUAAGCCUCAGCGGUCUCCUUCAUCUUGUUGAGAACGAAACCACCAAUCUGGGAGGGAGAGUACUUCUGGUCGCGAGCAGAGACCCAGGCAUCUCCGUUGGUGUGCUGGACGAUCUUGUAGGGGACCUCCUUAAUAUCACGCUGAACCUCAGCAUCGGUGAACUUGCGACCAAUCAAACGCUUGGUAGCGAAGAGAGUGUUCUCGGGGUUGACGACAGCCUGGCGCUUGGCAGCGACACCGACAAGACGCUCACCAUCUUCGGCGAAAGCAACGACCGAUGGAG